AUGUCUACAGAUAAUAACAAUAAACAAUGUAAUAAACUGGAAACAGAAUUAUCCCGAAAACCUACCCGGAUCCAACGUAUUAAAAGGUCAUUUUCGAUGGGCAAAUCACCACCUGAAACACGUACUGUGAAAGAGGAGAGUGGUACUUUCCAUUCUGCUGAAUGUCUAUUACAUGAACAUAACUUACAAGCAGAAAGUAGCAAAGCAGAUAUAACACGCUGUACUUGCCGAAAAUCAUCGUCAUCUAGACAAAAUAGUCAAAGAAACAAAUUUUUGUCUUUUGGUGCAAACAAGAACAAUAAUUCAUCAUCUUCAGUAACUGUCAGUGGCACUGAUUUACCAUCACCCAAGGUCAAUGAUGACAAUAGUGAACGGAAAAAUAUAGUCCGUAGAUCAUGGUCACAAGUGGAAGUUCGUCAUCUACGGAACUUAUUUGAUCUACGAAGAGUCUACCGGCAAGAAAUCAAACGACGAAAUUCAUACACGUACACGAACUCACCGCAGAUAAUAGACCAACUAGCUGGAGAAUCUGAAAUUCGUGCAAUGAAUUCUCGUGGUGGUAAUGGCGAUUCGAUGUGUGAUUACAUUUUUGGUGAUCUUGAAGAAGAAGAUUUAUUGGCUGCUGGGCAAGAAUCUCAUCCUCCAUUGGAUCUUUUUGAAUUCCAAGCUCAAGAGCAAAAGGCGACAGACGUCACUUCUCGUUGCCUUCAAAUGCGCAGAUUCAAGGCCUUUGAAAUAUACUCAAGCGAGCACAGUUAUUUGAAUCAUCUGCGGACUCUUAAAAAGUUAUUUAUGGAUCCUUGUUAUGAGGCUGCAAAAAAGCCAAAUCCAACAAUGAAUCCCGCGGAUAUUCAACUAAUGUAUGCGCACAUCAUUGAUAUAAUAAGGCUGUCCAGCAAAUUAGUACGCAGUCUUGCUAAAAUACAGCCGUGGUUAGACGAUGAAUGUCGAGUUGGCGAGAUAUUCCUAGAGUAUAGUAAGGAAUUUGAGGUUUAUCAACUAUACGCCGAUAAUCAUUUGGACAGUCGCGCGGCAAUGGAGCGCAUAGAUCAAAAAACGUUGUAUCGCAAGUUUGUUCAGGGAUCGCGAUCUAAAGAUCGAAACAGGCUUGAUCUAUCAGGCUAUUUGAUCAUGCCGAUACAACGAAUUUCAAGAUAUCGGUUGCUCCUUCAAGAGCUUAUGAAACACACGUUGGAAUCUCACCCUGAUUUCGAUGAUUUAUCGCUCGCAUUAAAACAAAUGACUGCGCGUGUGGCUGAAUGCAAUAGUGUUUCCAAGUUACCCGAAGUGCGAUGA